CUGGUCUCGAUGACGUAUGCAGCGCUGACGCCGACUGCCAGAAUGUGGUAGCCAACAGUGUGUGUCGACAGUCUGUCUGUCACUGUGCUCACGGCUUCAUGGAGAAGGCCAAAAACCGUUGCAAGAGGCUCCUCAUAGACGACCCUUGUCGGGAGGACUCCCAGUGUCUGGUGCUGAUAGAACACAGCGAAUGUCUGAGUGGGGUCUGUCAGUGUUUGUCUGGACAUAAGCCGAAGAACACACUGAAAAGAGAUUGCGUCCAGAGACGUUUGGGAGACUUAUGCAAGGAUGAUAAAGAUUGUAAUGACGUUAUUGAUAACAGUGUAUGUUACAGAAGUGAUAACAGCUCAAUAGAGGGUGUAUGUGCGUGUGGGAAGAGUUACAGAGUGGAGGCUGAUGGGUGUGUGAUCAAAUCUUUAGGCGAUCAGUGUAUUGAUGAUCAGGAAUGUACAAUGGCUGUGAAUAAUUCGCGUUGUUUGCAGAACACAUGUGUCUGUAACGCAGGGUAUAAAAAUCAGAGAAACAACAAUACAGUGUGCCUGCCACUUGAGCUAGACGACUCCUGCCUCCGUGAUGAAGAUUGCGAGGUCGGAGUGGCGAACAGCGUGUGCUCUUCAGACAAAACGUGCGUCUGUAAGUUCGGGUUUUUCUCCCCUUACGGCGCGGUCCCUCAAGCCUGCAUCAAACGGCGCGUGAACGACCCUUGCAUGACUUCAAGCGACUGCAAAGCUACCGUACCCAGAAGUAGAUGUAUAAACCGGAAGUGCACUUGCGGAAGGGGUGUGACCCCGUCUGCCAAUAUGACCAGCUGCAGGUUUAUAGAGCUUCACGACGUGUGUGGGGAAGAUGCGGACUGCAUGCACGUGCCUUAUAGCUCCUGUCUCAACCGGCGAUGUUACUGUCAGAAGGGACACCGUGAGUACAAAGAGGACCACGACUUUAAGUCCACGUGCAUCGUGCGAGUGAUAGGGGACGUGUGCAGAGACAAUGACGAUUGUGGGUUGGACCAUUCCUUGUGUGAUAAGUCACGGAAUAAGUGUGUGUGUGAGACAGGAUUUCUGCCAGUGGAUAGUUUGGAUCAAUGUCGUGAGCGGAGAGUCAAUGAAACCAGCUGUAGUAGCGACGAGGAAUGUCAGAGAGCUUAUAACCACACGAUAUGCAAGCCUGACCCGGCGGAAGGACAAACUGGAGUCUGUCAAUGUGACUCACUUUCUGUUCCGGUAGGGGACGGGACUGAGUGCAUCUUCUCUCACAUCGGAGAUCGGUGCGGCGAAAGUAGCGAGUGCUCCCGCUCUGUGGCUAACAGCAAGUGUGAUUCGGGGGUGUGUCGAUGUCAGGAAAACUACACACCAUCUGAUGACGUCAGAACAUGUCACAUCAGAACUCUUGGAGGUCUUCAAUGUUCUCAGGACUCUGAAUGCCUCACUCGUGUAGCUAAUAGCGUUUGUGAGAAAAGUCAAGACGGAGAAAACGGAAACGCAACCUGCGCUUGUGCAAUAGGCUACAAGAUGGCGGAAAACCGAGACAAAUGUUUGCCGAAAGGGAUCAGCGACCCGUGCCAAUUUGACGCUGACUGUGAAACCACCAACCCCAACUCUCAUUGCUCCUGGGACACUUUCUCCUGCCAGUGUCUUCCCGGGUACACUGUAGAAACUCCCACUCCUUCUGUCAGUAGCGAUAGUGACUCACCCGCCAACCGCCCGGUAUGUUCUCAGAGGAAGCUGGGUCACCAGCUGUGUGCGUCAGAUUACGACUGCUCAACUGUCAUUGCUAACAGUAAAUGUGGGUCGUGUGGGGAAUCCCCACCCGGAAGUCAGUGCAGACGUAAGUGCGCAUCUCAGGGGAGUGUGUCUUCUAGUCAGCUCGACAGUACCGUUGUCAGUGACGCUGUGACGUCAGAAGGGGUACAAAUCAACCCUGGGAGCUGUACGGUUGAGACAUGUGUGUGCAGAGAGGGGUUCCUUGCUGUUGGAGACUGGGAUUGCCGUGGCCGACUGCUGGGUGACCGCUGUGACGUAGACUCGGACUGCUCCGGCCAUCUCAACAACUCCCUGUGUGUGAGGGGCGCCUGUUACUGCGCUGUGGGCUACAAGGUUGUGGGUCGAACCCUGUGUACGCCACGUACGAUCGGCGACUCGUGUGGGACUGCAGAAGACUGCAGUGAGGCCGUGAACAACUCACACUGUCACAUCAUGGGCAGGGCAGGUGUGCAGGGUACGUGUGAAUGUGACUCCGGCUACAGGGCGCAGGAUUCGAACCGGUUCUGCAGCAGACGUCUGAUCGGGGACGACACGUGCAAAAGCGACGUAGACUGUAGUGAGGUUAUCAACGGAAGUUUUUGCCACUACGGUGUCUGCGUUUGUCUCCAGGGAUAUGUCGCUUCUACAGAUCUUUCAAGCUGCAGCAUGCGACGUCUCAACUCCGACAUUUGUAGCCUCGACAUAGACUGCACUUCCGCCAUCGAUAAUAGCAAGUGCAAAAACUUCCGGUGCGCAUGCGCUCUGGGAUUUUACGCAAGAGGGGACAACGAGUGUGUGAAGAGAAAAAUUGGUGAGCGGAAUUUUUGCCGAUUUGACGAGGAUUGCUCUCAAGCUAUCAACAACAGCACAUGUUCUGGGGGUGUCUGUCGAUGUGUGUCCGGUUUUCACCCGCAAGAGAACGGCACCAGGUGUGAAAAGCGACGUAUCUACGAUAAAACAUGCAGCAGACGAGAAGAUUGCGCUGAUUCAGUGGCCCACAGUUUGUGUGAGGCGGGGAGAUGUGUCUGUCGCGUGGGGUACUUGCCGCGGCCUGAUAGGACGCUCUGUGUACUCACCCCGACUCAGAUCGGCGCGGAAUGUUUCUUCAGCCACCAGUGUGAGCAGCUGGACCCACUCAGCACGUGCAACAAGACCCACGGCAACAUCAGCACGUGCGUGUGUCCGGAGGGCACGUUCCGGGGCAGGCUCAGGUCGUCCUGUGUGCCGCUACCCACCAAGGUGAAGGACGAGUGCACGUACAACCUCCAAUGUCUUCAGUCGGUGGCCCACAGCUACUGCGACGGUCAGUGCGCAUGUCUCUCCGGAUACUUCUCACACCUCAACGGCACCCAGUGCCAGCCAGGUCAGCUUCUGCCCACCUACGAGCCGCUGGUAGCUCCGCCCCCUGCCUCCUGUCACAAGACGUGCGAGACGUGGACCAAUAGCAUGUGCGUGUACACCGGCGACGGCUCCGCCUCCAAGUGUCAGUGCUUGCCUCGCCACGCCCACAGGACCAAUCGUACAGAGUGUGUCCAUGGCACGCCUGUUUGAGAGGACCCGGUUAAACCGUCGCUACGUCUCUAGCGAGGUCACACGGCUUGACCAUCCGGCACACACAGAGGUCACUAGGUCAUCCGAUGACCCUAAGAUCAUAGGGGUCAGGGCUAAAGUCCUCCUCCACCUGUCAGCGACCUACCUGGACGCCUUGAGUCUGCAAGACAUUAGCUCUGUCCUCUGGAAGGACUUGAACAGGUUUUACGGCGAGCUGGGGCAGAGUCGGCUGAAGGUGAAGAUGCCAGCUAGUGAAGGCGUGUCUGUGCACGACGAGGACGAGUGUGCUGUGUCGGAGAGCAACGACUGUUCACCGAAGGCCACCAGUCUCAACACACUAGGGAGCUAUAUAACCGGUGAAAGUGAGCCUCCACAGCGAGCUAUGUACCUCCCUUAA